AUGAGACGUGCCCCGUGCCUGACCGCGGGGCCCGGCUUCCUGUCUCACCGGCCCUCAGCCCCGGCCUUUAGGACGGCCCCGCUCCCUCUGUCACCUGUAUCCGGGCUGUCCGUUCCCUCCUUCAUCAGGCCUGGCAUGCUAAUCAGAACGCUUUCGGCUGUUCGUGGGUCAAGAACGGGCCCCUCAUUCUGCGGCUCGUCACAAAUUAGACAGGCCUCUUCCCUGAGCCCAAAGGCUCAGGCUAAUGAUGUGGAUCUUGUAGACACAGGGCCAGAGAGGAACUGGAAGGGCAUUGGCAUCUCCCUGUUGGUCAUCGUGGUGGUCCUCUCUCUCAUCGGCCUGGCCAUUGUCCUGCUUUCCAAAGAUGAUAAUUCUAAAUCGCUUGGAUCCAAACUGACGUUGGACGACAUCUUCGAGAAAGACUUCCAGGUGCAUGAUCCGGAUGCAAAAUGGAUCAACGAUGAAGAAAUUGUUUUCAGGACCAGAGAUGGGGAUGUUAUGAAAACAAAUGUUCAGAGCAAUCACAGCGAGCUGCUUUUGAAGAACACCACUUUUGCAACAUUUAAGGCCUCAAAGUUUUCGGUCUCUCCAGACUUGAACUUCGUGCUGCUGGGGUACGACGUGAAACAGGUUUUCCGGUACUCUUUCCUGGCCUCAUACUUGAUAUACAACUUGCAUACCAGGGAGGUCCAGGAGCUGAAUCCUCCAGAGGUUGCCAAUUCAGUUCUCCAGUUUGCAUCCUGGGGGAUCCGGUACCAGCAGUUGGUUUACAUCUUUGAAAACAACAUUUACUACCAGCCAGAUAUCAAAGGAAGUUCUUUGAGACUGACCUCGUCUGGACAGGAAGGAGCCAUUUUCAACGGCAUCGCAGACUGGCUGUAUGAAGAGGAGCUGUUCCACUCCCAUGUUGCACACUGGUGGGCCCCAGAUGGGGACAAACUGGCCUAUCUGUCCAUCGACGACACACUGGUGCCCCAAAUGCUGCUUCCCUGCUUCACUGGAACCCUAUACCCCCGAGGACAGCAGUACCCCUACCCUAAGGCUGGACAGAUUAACCCUACAGUCAAGCUCUAUGUGGUUAAUUUAGAUGGAGCGUCGCAAACAACUGAACUGCUAGCUCCAAGCAGCUUUGAGAAAAGUGAGUAUUACAUCGCCAUGGUGAAGUGGGCCACCAGCCAGACGCUUGCAGUACGAUGGUUGAACCGCGCUCAGAACACCUCCGUUCUAACCUUGUGUGACGUGUCCAGGGGAGACUGUGUCAAGAAACAUGUGAUGACAUCAGAUACCUGGCUUGACAGGCAGGAGGAGGAGCCGGUGUUUUCCGAGGACGGGGGCAGGUUCUUCCUGGCGCUUCCGAUGAAGCACGGGGGACAGGGAUCCUUUCGGCACCUGGCCGUGCUGUCCGAUCAGGCUAAGCGGGAGGAGGUCAGCAUCCGUCACCUGACGUCAGGGAACUGGGAGGUGACCCAAACCUUGGCAUACGAUGAGGGUACAAACACGGUUUAUUUCCUCAGCACUGAAGAGGGGUUGAGUCAGAGACAACUCUACAGGGUUUCGACCAUGGACCCGUUCCAGCGAGAGUGCCUCACCUGUAAUCUGCACCAGCCCCAGUGCACUUACUAUAGCGCAGAUUUCAGCCCCAGCACACAGCAUGUUCUGCUGAACUGCAAAGGUCCUGGUAUUCCACAAACAACAGUCCACAGACUGAGCGAUCUAAGCAGUAACCUGACUUUGGAAGACAACAGGGGGCUCAGAGAGGCCUUGAAGUACAGACAAAUCCCAAGGAGAGAGAAACAAAUUCUGCAUGUGAAUAACUAUGUAUUCCCCAUGGAAAUAUAUUUUCCAGUGGAUUUUGAUGAAGCAAAUCAGUAUCCUCUCCUUCUCAUUGUUGACGGCGCCCCCGGAGGCCAGUCGGUGAACGACCGCUUCCAGCUGGACUGGGACUCGGUUCUGGUCAGCUCGGACAGCGUGAUCGUGGCCCGGCUGGACGGCAGGGGGAGCGGGUUCCAGGGCCAGAGGGUUCUCCAGGCCAUCCACCAGCGCCUGGGCACCGUGGACGUGCAGGACCAGAUCGCGGCAGUGGAGUCUCUGGGCAGGCUACCCUACGUUGAUCAGAAUAGAAUUGCUGUUUAUGGAAAGGCAUACGGAGGCUUUCUGACCUCUCUACUCCUCCUCUCGCCAGUCACCCUGCUCAGGUGUGGGGUUGCUGUGGCACCAGUAACAGACUGGAGACUCUACGGCUCAGCCUUCACAGAGCGAUAUUUUGGGUUCCCCCUGAAAGAAGAUCGUAAAUACCAAAUCUCCAGUCUUCUACACAAUAUUACUGGGACAAGCUAUCACAAUUUUCUCAUCGUCCAUGGAACUGCUGAUGCCACCAUUCAUUUCCAGCAUUCAGCUGAACUGGUGAAACUCCUGUCAAUAGCAAAUGUGAACUACACAUUACAGAUCUUCCCAGACGAAGGACACAACUUGGCUUCUCUCAGAAGCAGACAAUACCUGUUCAGUUCCAUCAUCACCUUCUUCAGAGUGUGCUUUUACGAAGGCACCCACCAACUGCCAGAGUCCAAAGAGGACGACUAG